AUGGGGCGUCAAAAAUAUUUUCCUAAAUGGUUCUUUAGAUUCGCAUCAGAAACGGUCGUUCUCGGAUGCAUUUUGCAAUUAGGAGUUUUGUUUACUGCUUAUAUUGUAUAUUCAAAAUACAAAAUGUCGUAUGAAAACAUAUUGUUUGCUGAUGCUUAUGCUGUUAAUAGGACUCCUCAGGGAUCAGUCAUAAGUGAAACUAAAGAACAUUCUUUAUUCUUGACUAUCCACUUGAGCCCUAUUGCAUCUCCACAAGAAUGUUUGGAAUCUAUUGGACAUAUUGAGAGAUAUGUUGAUUCAAUUUGUCCAAGACAUUUGUGUCGUGAAGAUGAAAUUCUAUAUGGUGUCGGUUUCGGAUUUGAUUUCUUUCGAAAAAUCAGCCCCGAUUUUGAACACAAGAAAGUUGAACCCUUUGAAUAUCAUGAACGUUCAGGGGCUUUGGGUAGACUUCCUAGACGGGCAAGCGGAGAUAUAUUUAUUCAUGCUAAGUGUAAUAAUUAUGGCAAGUUGUUUGAACUGACACAAGCCAUCAUUAAUAAUUUACCACCCAGAUCUGUAGACAGAUUCGAGGAUAUUUACGGAUGGGUUUAUCGUAAUGGGCGUGAUUUGAGUGGUUUUAUUGAUGGGACAAUGAAUCCGAGAGAUCCAGAUGAACGGGCAGAGGUAGCAAUCAACACAUAUACAGGCGGAAGUUAUGGUCUUGUUCAAAAAUGGAUUCAUGAUAUGGAUUUGCUUCGAUCAACACCAGAUAAUAUAAAAGAAAAAUGGAUCGGUCGAACAAUUGAACGUAGUUUCGCAUUACAUGAUAAAUCUACUACAUCACAUAUUGCAAGAAUGAUUGGAUCUGCAGAAAGAGGUACAUGGCCAAAAUUUCGUAUUGUUCGACAAUCUCAACCAUAUGGUACAUUAUCUGGUGAAGCUGGUCUAUUAUUCAUAGCAUAUGCAGCUGAAAUAAAAAAUUUCAAUUUUAUGCUAGAUCGUAUGACUGGUGAUACUGAAGAUAAAGAAAUAGAUGAUGUAAUGCGUUUCAGUCACUGUGUUACAGGAAAUUAUUGGUAUUUUCCUAGUCUAACAGAAUUCCAUCAUUUAGUUACUAAGGACAAACUAGAACCUUAA